AUGCCGCCCGCAAAGUGCGACGUCAUCCCCAAGGAGCAGUUCACGCCGUUUGCCGAGAGGCGCGCGUGCGCAGGAUGCCGCAAGAUCAAGUCGCGCUGCAUCUUCCCCGACGACACCGCCUCCAACGCCUGCACACGAUGCAUCCGUCUCAGCAUCGAGUGCGUCGUCCCCUCGCACCAUCGCGGCGUCAAGCUCGAGGGCCAGCGUGCCAAGUCCACCUCCGCCGCUCCGAUCAGACCCGCGCCAAAGUCGCACUCGCGCCAGUCCGCCAGCCCCAGCCCCAACGACGACACCGACGGCUCCGCCUCCGCCUCCACCAACCCCUUCUCCGUGCAGAGCCUGCUCGACACCACCAGCUCCGAGCGCACCGCCUCCAAGGCGCUCCUCUCGUCCACCUUCCACUCGCACAUCCAGGAGGAGCCGGCGGUCAAGGUCGCCACCGCCUCGGCAGGCCGUCCGCUCAUCGAAUCCGUCAUCUCGGCCGGACUCUUCGACGAGGACGAGGUGGGCGAGCUGGUGCGCUUCUACUACGACCGCCUCAACCCCAUCAUCGCGCUGCUCGACUCGCACAUCUACUCGCUCAAGGCGCUCAAGUCCAGCCCCGACUACCGCAUCCUCCUCGCCGCCAUCUGCACCGUCUCGUCCAAGUUCAUCAAGGUCGAGCGCUACCUCGACUCGCUCGAGUUCCUCAAGCCCGCCCUCUCGCGCAUCGCAGCCGACGACAUCCCGCCGCAGCUCGAGAUCAUCCAGUCGCUCUCCAUCCUCGCCAUGUGGAAGCAUCCCAAGGACGGCAGCAGUUGGCGCAAGGUGCGCCUCGCCAUCACCCAGGCCUUCGAGCUCGGCCUGCACGAGCUCUUUGCGCCGCAGAAGCGAUCCAAGCACGGACCCUCGCGAUCCUUCAUCCAGUCGCAGCGCACCAUCAUGCAGCUCUCGUGCUUCGAGGACGGCUAUCGCGACCAGCGCCAUCUGCCGCCCGCCAUCGACCCGAGCCUGCUGCCGGACCCGCGCGAGUGGAUCGAGUCGCUCGGCGACAUGGUCCAGGACAUCGACGUGCGCCUCGCCGCCUCGCGCGAAAACGCCAACAUCAAGCGCGACCUCAUCACCUCGCUCAAGCAGUCCAACGCGCGCAGCCCCAACCCGGCGCAGAUCAGCCGUGCAACGUGCCUGCGCAACGCCCGCCUCAUCAAGAUGGGCAUCACCGCUCAGACCUGCUCCAGCUCCAUCUGGAUGAACCCCCCGGCGAGCGAGAUCCCCUGCCAGCAUUCGGGGCGGCCGUGUCUGCUGUUCCACGACACCAACACGCUGUUCAACUAUCACCGGGCCUUGUAUUCGAUCUACUCGUCCCCGUUGCUGUCCGGCCCGGGAUUCGCGCAGGAUCGUCAGGCGGCGUUCCAAAAGUGCUCCGAGCUGUCGGUCCAGCUUUUCGAGCUGCUCAACGGACCGUACGGACAGGCGGGGUACUAUCGAUACGAGCUGGCGAUCCAGGCGUGUUCGGCGAUCCGCCAGGCGGCCGAUGCAACCUCGCCGUCGCUGGAGGAUCCGUUGGAGCAGGGCAGCUACCUCGCGAGGUUCCUGAGGUUUUGCUGCAAGAAGCUGCCGUCGACGAUCUCGAUCAACGAGAAUUCGCCCGUGAAUGCCGAGGAUCUGGUGAUCUCGGAAGACGCAAAGUGGGCGAUGGGGUUGAAUCCCUUCACGCAGCUGUCGAGUGCGGUGGGUGUGCCAGCGCAGUUCCGGGCGCCGUAUGCCGGGGGUACCUCGCCAAGGAAUGGUGGGGCGUCCAUGUCGAGGUAUACGGGUCAGCAUCUGUACCACAGCAACGCCAGCCAGACAUCCGGUUCGCCCUCGCUGCUUUCCACCUCUUCACCGCAGAAUGGACAGUAUGGACCGGCGGCAGGCGAAGCGAACUUUGUCUUUCAUGGGCACAGCAAUGCGGCAGGGCAACAUGGGACGCCGGCAGCGGGGGGAUCGACAAUGCAGUACCUCUCGGAAAGCCUGGUGCCCCCUGCAUACCCGAUGAACUGGGAUACCUACGACGACAACUCGAUCAUCACGUUUUUGCAGUCCAUCUCCAACGGCGCUUCGUAG